AUCUUCCAGUGUAAUCUUUCAGUACUUUACUUGAAACUCUACUUGGGAAAGCACUAUAAGGCAUAAAACCUCCUGCUUAUGUACCUUUGAAUCCAAUUUGGUUUUACCUGUAAACCAGGGUCUAACUUUUAACUUAAUUUCCAGCUCAAUGGAGGUGAAACAUAAGACCUUGCUGGCUGGAACUGUGUGCAUAAAGACAGUAACUGUUUAUAACUGACAGAUCACUCACUAGCACUGUGGCCCGAUCACUAACCUAGACUAAAUAACCAACCACCAGAUUCUCUUUCCUUGUCAUUAGAAUUAGUUGAAACAAAAUAGUAGAGGCAUGUAGUCCUUAUUUGACAAUAGGUACUUUCAGAUAACUUUGUAUGACAAACCUAGUUUCAUACUCUUUAGAAGUUGGAAGAAAGUACAAAUGCACACACAGGAAUGAUUUCUACAGAUAACAACUUUGGACUUAAAACGAAUAGAGGUGAGAUUUUUUUCACAGAAGGAAUUGCCUUAUUUCAGACAUAAGAUGAUUUGAAAACUGGAGAGAAAUAAUCAGAGUGGGAAUGAGAAAAAUUACCCAAAGACCCUCCCAAUGUGAGGUAUUUAAAGCAGAUGACAAAAUUGCUUUGGAGAGUGAAGCAUUAGGACAGAGUGAGAUUUGAUUCUAGUCCCCUCCCUCUGGAGAACAGGUAAUUGUGAUCCUGUUCAGGAAAAAUAAUAAUACAGAAGAGGGGAUUUGGUAGCGCAAGUAGUAGAGGCGUGGCAGCAGUGGAACCACCAGGUACCCUGAAAUAAAGAUUUUACCGAACGUCUUCAUGGAAGACAGCCAGCAGAGUCAGAUGGCAGACUGGGCUUAGAAACGAUGGCGCACGUGAAUGCCAUGGAAACUGCACACUGAUGGCAGAGGGGGCUUCGGGGUUGGAUGCCAGUCCUGGUCCUUCUGGCCACCUACUGUGGGACUUUGGAAAGUUUACCUCACCUCAUUGAACAAUUUCUUGUGUGUAAAUUAUCAUAGUGCCCCCUUUCUUCUGUUCACUCCCAGGCCUGCAGAGGGCAUGUGAUCUGUACUACUAGCUCUUUCCAUCUCUCCCUCUCAGUCUUCUGUUGACUCUUCUGGCUCAACUUCUUUCUUAUUGUGAAUUCAGUCCUUUGCAAUGAAUCCUGAAGUGACUUUAUAAAAUCUCCAAUUGAGACACAUAUCUGGUAUUGAUAAGGAGUGUAACCAGGAAUUGAAGUAAUCGUCCUGAUACCUUGGUAAAUGGCCCUUCUUUGAGAGUGCCCUUUGAAUGGCUUCUGUUCCUAAACUGCGUUGCCUACACAUGGAUAGUGAACAUUGAAAUUAAAGCAAAAUGUAUUGCGGUAAAAGAUACACUGCUAUUAAUCUGGCUCAAAACAUUCCCUUUAUUGGGGACUUGCUUAUCCCAUCAUUAUUGCCAUUUACCAGAACAGCUCUGCAAGUUUUCUUUCCUUAGCAUCACUACAAGAUAUGGUAAGAAAUUAAGGUGACUGCUGCUGCAGAGAUCCAGCCAAUAGAAAGGGAGAGCUGUAAAAUAGUGGCACUGUCCUCCUCUACCUGAUUGAUCAGAGCUGGCAUUGUGUGACUUCUGGCUCUUCUCCAAAGACGAAAUGAUCAUGAAAUUGAAACACUUUAAAUCAACUCAAAAUGUGCAGGCAGCCACAAGACCAUAAUCAAAGACACUUAGGAAAGAGCAUUCCGGAGCUGCUGCAUUGGCAGGAACAAUGGGUGGGUGUGGUUGAAAUAAGGGUCAGUUUUUCAGGGCAAUUAUCCACAAGGCCUGUUUUACUAUAAUUGACUUUUUCAAUUUAAACAUUUGCUGUGCUUUUUUUUUUUUUUAAAUCACACUUUGUAUAUAAGUAAGGGAUGUGAGCAAGAGAAUGCAAUUAAUUAGCACAGGUUAUAUGAUUAAUUUUUUUUUUUUCAAAAUCAGAACAACUAAGAAAUAGUAGGUCCACAAACAUACUGUAGAAUCAAUGAAGACACUAAGAAUUUAAGAGGUCAUGAGACCUGCUAUUUUCCUUUUCUUUCUCGUUUCACAGCAGAAAAUUUUUCCAACAGAUGAAACCUUAUACUAAUAGUCCGUGAAGUUUCUCAAAUUGAUACAGGAGUGAGUCUCCCAGCCUUGUGUUCUCAGCCUGUCUCAGCCUCCUACUUCCACUGCUUACCUUGAUACUGCAGUGAUACUCUGGGGCUCUGAGGAACAGUUUAGCCUCAUGGAUUUAGUUCAUUUGGCUCAUUUAAUGAUAGGGAAACUGAGUUGUAGUAGGGAAUAGUUCAUCCUAGGUCCUAGUGGUGAGUUCUUAGGGGCUCUAGUUAGAUGGCAUUUAAAAGGCUACAUUUUGAGCAAAUUAUCAUCUUCCCACUUUAUUAUUGUAUCCUAUUUCCAAAGAGUAAGAAAAGACUCAGAAUGCAGCUCCAGCCUCUCCAUCUCCAGCAGAGUACCAGGAGAAGAUGCAGAAAGCUUUCCAGAUGGGGGAUGGGCUAGCCUCCUGCCAAGCCUGAUUAAGUAGGAGUGGCAGUUGGCUAUGGACUGAGGGAGCAGAUUCCUUCAAGGCAGCCAGAAACUGAAGGCCUCCCAUGUGGCGACACAGCCAGAAUCCUGCUGGGACUGAAUGUGCGUCUCAGAGCCAGGAAUUCAUGAGCUUGCAUCCAACCAUGGUGUGCAGGGAAGGACAUCGCUGCGUGUUCUUCGGAGCAUCUUGGGGCGGUGUGUGAGAGGAAAGAAGAAAAGGGUCAGCUCUGCAAGGGACUGUUUACUUCACUGGAUGAAACUUCGCAUCGUGUCACAGGAUCACCAGAUGGGAUUGAAGGAGGCCCCGCGAAGAGGAAAUGGGAGACUUCAACCCACUUUCUCCUCCUGCCACAGAGUAAUUUCUUCAACUCUCAUCAAGAAAAGUAUUUCAAGAUAUGUCAACGGCACAGGCAGAUUUCCCAGGCAGAGUUAUAGGAAAGACCUCACCACCAAACCCAAGAUGAUAAUCAACAAGAUUACACUUCGGCUAACACUGCUGAACUAUGAAUGCCUCUUGCCUCCUGACCCAAAUUUUCCUCUAGAUGAGUCUCAGGUCACUGUAUCACGAAAUGAAGAGCAACCCAGACACGGGGAGAGAUGCCAGCAGCUCAAGCACAGGGGGACACCAUACGGGGACAACUGUCAUAUGAGGCAACCGUCUGCAAGCUCAGGUCUUGCCCAUGCUCCUCCUUGUGGCUGGAAUAGUUUUCUCCCCAGUUUUGAUUCCUGGCUAAAUCUUACUGAAGUUCUCAUACCUCAAUGUUUCCUGAUAGCUCUUUCUCAUCUGUGGUUUUCCUUCAGUGCUGAGUACACAGGAACUCAGGAAGCAGCUUUGCCCUGGGAGUAGAGUACAGACUUAAGAACCAUUAGGGGUUCCUGUCAUAUUUUCAUCCCGAUCUAGAUGGAUGUGCUACUCAGUGACACCAGUCGGAUGGUCACCAUUUUACAACUCGGCAAAUAAAAUAGAUAUAAUACA